GAAGAACCGACAAUGAUGGCGUUGUAGAGGUCAACAUUUUAUUUGCUAAAUGAAAAUGUUUGUCUCGUUCACUAUUUUUCACAUUAACACUUUUAAAUACACAAACAUUUUACAAUACAUUAAUCUAAGUUUGCAAUGAAAAAGGAAAACGUUGGAAUUUUAACUUAAGAUUAGAGAAUGCGCAAUGUGAAUGUGUCCUUCCAUAGAAAUACACUAGAUGGUGCCAGUGAUAUAAAUUAAAGCCUUAUGACUGGUUGGUAAUUAAAGAAAAACACGUUGUUUCUAUUAUGUUGUAAUAAUAAAGGCUAUGCCUAUAUCAGAAGCAAAACUUUUAGAUCAUCUGACUGAAAUAAAUGCUUUCACAUUUACACAAAUUAGUCCCUCACAGUAAAGUAUUUCUGUAUUACUUGUGUUAAAUGGAAUUUUGCAUUGCUCUUGGAAGUUGUCAUCUAAGUUAUUAUGGAAGAAUGCCCAUUGUUUGCAUUAGACAUUUAUAACAGAGAUCUAAAGUCCUGCAGGGUCUGCUAAUAGUGAAAUAUUGUAAUAUCUUUGUAAUUCUGCAGUAAUACGUGCUUGCUCACAUAGUAUUUUGUCUUCUUGGAAAGUCAGUGCACCUCUUCCCAUCUUCUCUUGACUACUUGGCACAGAUCACCCUAUUUGAAAGUGAAUACGGCUCCUCAGCUGGGCCAAACACUAAAUUAGAAUCUUUACUCUGUGGGCCAUCUCAUGUAUGACCAUUAACGCCAGCCCUUCUCUCUUUCUGUUUCUGCCUCCACAGUGCACAGUCAUGUCUCAUCGUAAAUUCUCAGCCCCUCGUCAUGGACAUAUGGGUUUUCUGCCCCACAAGCGUAGCAAGAAGCACAGGGGCAGGGUGCGUUCCUGGCCCAAAGAUGAUCCAAGCAAGCCUGUCCACCUAACAGCUUUUCUGGGUUAUAAAGCUGGCAUGACCCACACCCUCAGGGAAGUGCACCGCACUGGCCUCAAGCAAUCCAAGCGUGAGGAGGUAGAGGCAGUAACCAUAAUUGAUACUCCUCCAGUCAUUGUGGUGGGAGUGGUAGGAUAUGUGAGCACCGUGCGCGGCCUGCGUGCACUCAAGACCAUCUUUGCAGAACAUCUCAGUGAUGAAUGCAAGCGCAGAUUUUACAGAAACUGGUACAAGAGCAAGAAAAAGGCCUUCACAAAAUACAGUAAGAAGUGGCAGGAUGAGACAGGGAAGAAACAACUGGACAAGGAUUUUGCAGCACUGAAGAGAUACUGUUCAGUGAUAAGAGUGUUAGUGCACUCCCAGAUGCGCUUGCUACCCAUUAAGCAGAAGAAGGCCCACAUUAUGGAGGUGCAGCUUAAUGGAGGAACCAUCUCAGAUAAAGUGGACUGGGCCAAGGAGCGACUGGAGCAGGCUGUCCCAGUUUCUGCUGUCUUUAGCCAGGAUGAAAUGAUUGACGUCAUUGGUGUCACCAAGGGACAUGGCUUUAAAGGGGUAACAAGCCGAUGGCGCACAAAAAAGCUUCCCAGAAAAACUCAUAAGGGUUUGAGGAAGGUGGCUUGUAUUGGAGCUUGGCAUCCCUCUCGGGUUGGAUUCACUAUUGCUCGUGCUGGUCAGAAAGGUUAUCAUCACCGCACUGAGCUCAACAAGAAAAUUUAUCGCAUUGGUAAAGGUAUCCACAUGCAAGAUGGAAAAGUCAUAAGGAACAAUGCCUCCACUAACUAUGACACCAGCCAGAAAACUAUCACUCCCGUGGGGGGCUUCCCUCACUAUGGUGAAGUGAAUAAUGAUUUUGUCAUGGUGAAAGGAUGUGUGGUUGGAGCCAAGAAGCGUAUUCUCACAUUGAGAAAGUCUUUGCUUGUGCACACAUCUCGCAAAUCCAAAGAAGAGAUUGAGCUCAAGUUCAUUGAUACCACUUCUAAGUUUGGUCAUGGACGUUUCCAGACUGCACAGGAGAAAAGAGCUUUUAUGGGGCCUUUGAAGAAAGAUGCAUUGAAAACUGUCACAGAGCCUCAACAAGAAGCUUAAGAGCUUUUUGAUCUAAAGCACAAAGUGAUUUGUCAACACUGUUAAGUGAUUUAUGACAUUAUUUCAUUAAAAGAAAAGAACAUUA